AUGGAGGCGGCUCUCGGAGGGGCGAACUGGCUCCUCGGCCAAGUCCUCAACAAGCUCUCCGACGACUUGGUGAAAGCCUACGUGUCCAGCUCCGAGCUCGGCCUCAACCUUGACAAGAUCGAAAGGGAGAUGCUCUACACUAGAGCGCUGCUGGGCGAGGUCCAGGGGAGGGACUUCACCAACAAACCCGGCCUGCAGGGGCUGCUCGAGAAGCUCGGCAAGAAGGCUGACGAGGCUGAGGAUGCUCUGGACGAGCUCCACUACUUCAUCAUCCAGGACAAGCUGGACGGGACUCGAGAUGCCACUCCAGACUUGGGCGGUGGCCUCGGCGCCAAAGCUCAGCAUGCCCGCCAUGCUGCUCGCCACACAUCUGGUAACUGGCUCUCAUGCUUCUCUUGUUGCCGUUCACAAGAUGAUGUUGCUGCUUCCAUGUCUCUUGACCACGGUGGCUAUGUUGAAAAGUUGCCAUUCAACCGGGUGGAGAUGUCCAACAAAAUCAAGCAGCUCAUACAGGAGCUGCACUCUAACUGUACUCCUGUCUCUGACUUGCUCAAGAUAGUGUCAGGCAGUAAACCCCAGCCACACAUGCCUGCCUUCACUAAAAGGCCCGACACAAGCUCUAAAAUCACACAGAAGUUGUUUGGGAGGGAUGCCAUCUUUGAGAAAACUAUAAAUGAGAUUAUCAGUGUGACACAGAGUGAUAAAAUAUUGUCCGUUCUUCCUAUAGUUGGUCCAGGGGGCAUUGGAAAGACUACCUUCACCCAGCACCUAUACAAUGAUACAAGGAUUGAACAACAUUUCUUUGUUAGGGUCUGGGUAUGUGUAUCUACUAAUUUUGAUGUCCUCAAGCUCACCAAAGAGACCCUGAGCUGCCUAGAUGCAACUGAAAAUGCAGGAAAUAAGAUGGCAAAUGAAACUACCAAUUUAGACUUGCUUCAAAAAUCCAUCGGAGAGAGGUUGAAAUCCAAAAGGUUUAUCAUUGUCAUGGAUGACAUAUGGGAAUGCAGCAGUAACGAUGAGUGGGAAAAACUAUUAGCUCCAUUCAAAAAGGACGGGUCCAGUGGCAACGUGAUUCUUGUCACAACUCGGUUCCCAAAAAUUGUAGAAAUGGUGACAAAAGAAACUAAUGCAGUUGACCUUCGUGGUUUGGAUCCUAAUGAGUUUUGGAAAUUCUUCCAAAUAUGUGCAUUUGGUAGAAUCCAAGAUGAGCAUGGUGAUCAAGAGUUAAUUGAUAUUGCAAAACAAAUAGCAGAUAAGCCCACUUGCAGCCAAAACAGUUGGUCGGUUAUUGAUUAA